AUGGCAUGGUCGGACUCGUGCCCUGCCAGCGUGCGAAGCGGACUUUGCAAAUUCAGUGCAGUUGCUAAGGCAUGGCGCUACCCUUGCUACAGCAUCACGGACUUGCAAAUUUAUGACGCUGUGGCACCACCUCCCUUCGUUGCUGUGGCUGAUAAUGCUAUCACCUACAGUGACAAGGGAGAGGGAAACACUCUCAUGGCAGGUGGAGAUCUCGACGGAGAUCACGUCUUCAUCAGCUUUUGGAAGAAAUUGGUGGAGCUCGUGAAGCUUACCCAGCCCAGUGUGUGCCGCCUGGAGCCCGUGCUCAAGCUCUGCGUACAGCUGAUGGGGCACGCGUCCCGGGCAAGCGGUGCAAGCGGGUAG